AUGGGAUCUUCAUGGGGCAACCUUUUUUCUCCACAUUGUAUAGUUUUGCUGUUACUCAAUGUUACUCACUGUUUUUCAUUUGUGCAGACAGUAGAGAGAAGUGGCCAUGUUGAUGAGUGCUCUGCCUUGUUUCAAUUCAAGGAAAGCUUCACGGUAAACAAGUCUGCUUCUGUACAUCUUUUUGCUUUUCCGAAGGUUGCAUCUUGGAAGCGAGAAGGAGAUCAGAAUCGGAGCAAUUGCUGCUCAUGGAAGGGUGUUGAGUGCGAUGAGGAGUCUGGCCAUGUUGUUGGCCUUGACCUCAGCAGCAGCUGUCUCUAUGGUUCUCUCAACUCCAACAGCAGCCUCUUCCAACUUGUUCACUUGCAGAGGCUUGACCUUUCAGAUAAUGAUUUCCAUUUCUCUGAAAUACCAUCAAGAUUGGGUCAUGAUCUCACCAACCUAACAUAUCUCAACCUUUCCUUAUCCGGGUUUUCUGGCCAACUGCCUACUUCUCUGGGGUACCUUCUUUCCUUAAAUUUCUUGGACAUCUCCAACUGUAAAUUUCAUCCCCAUGUUCCAUCUUCACUCGGAAACCUUACCCAGCUCCGUUACCUUGACAUGUCUUCAUUUUAUGAAGUCUCAAAUAAUUUUUCCACAGGCCAAGGUAUUGAUUCUUGGUCAUGGGUUGGAAAGCUAACCAAGCUCCACACUUUGCUCCUUACAGAAACUAACAUAACUGGAAAAUUCUUAUGUUUUAUGGCUAACCUGACAAAACUUGAACAUCUAAACUUGGCCACUAAUGAAAUAUCUGGUCAAAUCCCAUCUUGGUUUAUGAAGUUGGCCAAAUUAAGUACUCUAUUGCUCGGGCAAAACAAUUUGCAAGGAGAAAUUCCUAGGUCUCUCUUCCAGCUCAAAAAUCUUGAAUCUCUUGGCCUUGCCUAUAAUAACUUGAGUGGUUUAGUUGAGUUUGAUCAGUUUUUCCAGCUCAAAAAGUUAAAGGUACUUCGAUUAUCAUACAACAAGUUAUCACUGCAUAUCAAAACCAAUUUGAGUUUUACUCUUCCACAGCUUCAAGUUCUAAGGUUGGGUUCCUGCAACUUAACAGAGCUUCCAGAGUUUUUAAGAAGUCAAUACGAAUUAACCGACCUAUACCUUGGUCAAAACAAUAUUCAUGGGCGAAUACCAAAAUGGUUGUGGAACGCAACUAGAGAAACUUUGUUCACUCUUGACCUCUCUGACAACUUCUUAACAGGAUUUGAGCAAAAUCCAAUCAUUCUUCCAUGGAAAAAUCUAAUUACUUUAAAUCUCUGGUCAAAUCUGAUACAAGGUUCACUGCCAAUUCCACCACAAUCAAUCAGAAAUUACAUUGUCCCAGAAAAUCAUUAUAGUGGAGAAAUUCCGCCCUCGUUCUGCAACUUGAAUCAUUUACACAUUCUUGAUUUGUCCAACAACAACUUGAGUGGCAUGCUUCCACAGUGUUUGGGUAACUCCAGUGGUUUGGAAAUAUUUACGCUGAACAGCAAUUCUUUUCACGGCAAUAUUCCUCAAUUAUGUCCAACAGGCGAAAGUAGUUUGAAAAUGGUUGAUUUGAGUUACAAUCAGUUACAGGGGAAGGUACCAAGAUCAAUAGCAAAUUGCACUCUAUUAGAGUUUUUUAACCUUGGAAACAAUCAGAUAAGUGACAUCUUCCCUUCUUGGUUAGGGACACUUCCAGCAUUGUCGAUUCUCAUUUUGAGGUCUAAUGGAUUUCAUGGCAUGAUUGGGAAGUCUGCAACUAACCAUGACUUCCCAAAGUUGUGCAUCAUUGAUUUAUCUAACAAUGAUUUUUCAGGUAUGUUGCCCUCUAACUACUUAGAGAACUGGAAUUCCAUGAAAUUUGUUGACAAGAGUAGUGAGCAAGCUUAUUUUGUAGUCUCUUCGACGUCAGACAGCUCAGGUGGCUAUGCUUUUUUAUACUCGAUCACGACUUUUGAAAAAGGUGUUGAGUUGGAUUAUUUUCAGACCCCUUAUCUGCUUAGGUUGAUAGAUUUCUCAAGUAAUAGAUUUGAAGGAGAGAUUCCAGCAGGUAUCAUUGGGAAUCUAAGAGCCCUUAUUUCGCUUAACCUUUCCAACAACGCUCUCACUGGUCACAUCCCCUCAUCUUUAGGGAACUUGACUGAUCUUGAAUCAUUGGAUCUCUCCCGAAACCAGCUCUCAGGAAGGAUCCCCAGUAAUUUGGCAAAACUCAAUUUCCUCGAGUACUUCAAUGUAUCCCAUAACUAUCUUCGGGGUCCUAUACCAGGUGGCCAACAAUUUGAAACAUUCCUAGAAGAUUCAUACCAAGGAAACUCAGGUCUGUGUGGAAAGGCGUUGUCAAAGAAAUGUGAGAGCUCAAUAUCGCUACCGCCAUCAAUCUUCGAAGAAGAUGAAGACUCUGGAUUUCAAAUUGAACUAGAUUGGUAUGUGGUUCUGCCAGGAGCUAUUAGUGGUCUAAUAGUUGGAGUGGUUGCUGGGAACUUUUGGACAAGCAAGAAUCAUGAAUGGUUUGUAGAGACGAUUAGCAGGAGUAAGAAGCCAAGAGGCACAAGGGCGAGGAGGGGACACAGAAAUUAGACUAGUAUUUGUUUUUUUGUUUUGAAUUCUUGUAAGC